AUGGCAUGUCUAUUGUUUAUUCUUGUCUUGAUUGUGUUUUUUGUUUCAUCAUACAUUGAAAAAACGACGACACUACGACAACAUCAUGAUCGAGUCGAAUCAUUUUCCGAGCAGUAUACUACAACUACUAUUCAUGAAGAGUAUUCACUUCCUACCAACAACCAUCAUCAAGAGCAAGUUCAAGCGUUGAAUGAACAUCAAGUGAAUAAUACCACAAAGGCAACACCCUCUGCCUCUCAUGAAAAGAAUGAAUCCACUUUGAAUUUUAAUCAUGGUACUAAUUCCCAUACGAACCAACCACCUUCCAUGAUUGUUUCAACGUCGUCUUUGAGACACAACCGCUCGUUCACAAAUGAAUUCAAUUCUUCACACAACCAUGACACGAAACCAUUCAAAACAAAAACCACUCCUUUCUCAACAAUGAAAUGGCGACAGGACCAAUCACUCAAGUAUGAUCACAACAAGGAAAAAGAAUUGAACACUCACAGUAAUACACAUUCUUCAAAGUUCACUUUGAAUUCACGACAAGAAUUUAAAAAACAUUUAUUUGGAGAUUUUCAAUGCAAUCGAUAUGGAAUGCGACAUGGUGUCGGCUCUCCCAAUCUCGUACCUUAUUCGUAUUCCAAUAUUUAUUUACCACCAGAAACAUUAAUGGCUUCAUGUAAAUUUGAAAAUUUAUGUUUGACAUCGGAGGGAGAAUUUGUGUUAUUUCAUUCGAGUGAUCGGUUGACCACUGAGGAGUUUUAUUUGAAUCAAUUUUUGAAUGAAUUUCCUUGGGUGUAUGUACAGGGAUCGACUGUGGAGUCCAAUAGAGGCAAUUUCUAUGUGAGAGUGGUGGACGGAGAUUUGGUUGUGAAUUACCACAAGUCAAAUGUCAACAAAAGGUCAAAGAUUGAGAGCAUGUAUAUGAAAAGUAAGGCCUUGAAUUGCAAUGCUAGGACUAAUUUUAGUAGAGGUAGCUCCACCACAUGUAGAGAUUUAGGUCUUUUUUCAUCCAUGGAUUUUCAAAACGAAACACUCACUCCCAUCAGCAUUUCACAAAAUUUCACAUUUUACAAAAAACCUGUCUAUGCCUUUAAACGAUAUGCUGCAGGCAAUUUCGGUCAUGUACUCUCAGAAACACUCGGAAUGAUUAUGGGACUCAUGCAAAACUUCCCUCACGACUGCAUGGAUGAAGACAAUCACAUUCUUUAUUUGGAUGAUGUUUUUGAUACCAGUGGCACCAAUUGGAUGGCUUCCUUUCGAUAUGAUCCACAUUUAGCCACUAAACUUUCCAUUGAGUGA